AAAAAAAAAAACACUGAAAACCCAAAUCUAACUUUUCUAUAUAGUGCGCAGUCAGUGCAUCUUGUAUCGGUGUUGCGCAAGUCACUUUCUCCAAAGAAAUUUUGUGGGGGUUACGGAAGAGGGUAUCGAAAACAGUCCUUGUGACCAGAUUGAAAUGCCCCCUGUGUAGGUAACAAACACAACAAUACCAUGCUUUUCAUGCCUCAAGAAAUUUGUAUCAGGAGUAGUGUAUUACUUCUUUUGUAUGGCACAUGAAAGCAGAACUGUAAUAUAAAUAUGUGCCACUCUUUGCAGUAUUUGGCUAGCACGACAUUAAUGGUACUAUACUUGAGAAUAAGGACCUCAUAGCAUCGAUGGAGGAAAUUCAUGUCAAAAUGUCUCUCUGAAAGGCAAAUAUUUAAGUCACCUGUUUUUACCUUAAUGAACUUGAAAGUUAAAACCAAAUUACACGUGACUUCUGAGAAGCCAGGAUAUUAGGAAGAGGAAGAUAUUUGUAUAUAUAUUUCGUAGUCCAUGAGAUUUGGUUACUUGUCCUUUUUGAACACAGAGUUAAAGGAGAUUUUAAUAGAACAUAAGCAGUUCUUAUGAAAAUGACAACAAGGAUGACAAGCAGAAGCUUAAUGAACACAGCACCAGAUCAUAUGCCAUAGUACUAGAACACUUCAGAGAAUGUGACUUUGAACCCAGACAAUUUUUUUUCUCUGCCAUUUUGGAAACUUAGUGAAGUACCGACAUGGCGGGCUCUAAUAGGCAUAGUAGAGUGAUCUCCAAAUCUUUCCGGAUGUUUGGAAAUACAAAUGGUGGGGAUUCAGAUGAUGAUGAUGAUAGCAAUGGGGAAAAUAAUGAUGGACUUGAAGAAGAAGAAGAGGAAGAAUUGAGAUCCCUGAGAAGUCCAUCAAUUCCGUCCAUAGCUCCAGAUUUGGAUGAUAUCCUGGAGGACGUUUCUCCUACGCCUACUCCCACACCUCCCCCAGACGAGCCACCAGACGAACAUUUAGCAAGAAUAAUUCCACAAUUCAAUCAUCCAAAGAGGGAAGAAAAUCGCCAAAAAAUUAGGAACAUGGUGAAAAGGGUGAAUGUGGUGUCAAAAUGGAGGGACACAAGGACAGUGACAGGAAAAGUUACCACAACGUUUAUAUGUGCACCUACACAGAGGAUUACCUACAGGGAGAAUCGAAUUCAGGCAUCUGCUGCCUUGGAGACUGUCAAUUUGGUAACAAAGCCUCCGCUCAGUAAAAUUAAGAGCAUUUUCUUCAGGGUUCUGGCAGAAUUGAUUUUUCUGGCUAACUUGACUUUUGCCCUGUAUGAUAUCAUUACUGGCCCUGAAUUUCUGUAUUUCAAGGUCACAGCAUUUCUUUUUGGAGUUUUUGAAAACCUGCUCAUGUUUACAAUGUGGUUUAUUCUGUCCUGUCCUUGCAUGAAAGGAGAGGAAGAGAAAACCAAGAAAGUCGAGAAGUAUCGUCAGUAUAUAGAAAAUGUUGUUCAUGAACUUUUGAUCUAUCCUGCCAUUAUUAUCAAUGUAAUUGCAAUAGCCACUGAGCAGUCGUAUACAUUUGAAGAGGUUGCUGCUAUCAUAACUAUGGCAUUACUCUUCAUAGAUGGCAUUGAUUUGAUUUUCAACGUUUACACUGUGAGAAUGUUCAUGGCUUGGAAAAUCACCAGGAAUAUUGAAGAUGAAAUCUUGAAAGUAGCAGUGGACGAGAGUAAUACAUUAGAAAAUGCCACCCUCGGAGGGAGCAAAUUUGGUCGUGUGCUACAACGAUUUUACUUCACUAUGUUAGGAAACACAAUGCUUAUGGGAUUGAUGCUGUGCACUCUGGGAGUGCAGGUUUUAUAUGACAAUCAAGACUCAGGGGACUAUACCAUGUCAUUGUAUGCCAUUCUCCAGAUCGUUUUAGUUCUCUUUUUUCCAUUUUACAGCAUUUUCCUCUUCAUAGCAGUCAAUUAUUUUUGGAUUUUUGAGUUGUUCAUCAGUAUUAAUCGUGCUGUCAUGCGCAAAAAGGAAAUUCAGGAAAAUUUAGUUAAAGAUUAUGGGGAGAUGGUUGGGGAAGUAUUGAAUUUUGCCAUUGAUAAAUCAGAUUAUACGGAAGUUCGGCAUGAAGAUAUACAGACUAUCACAUCCACCCAAAAGUUUUUCUAUGCUUUAUGGGAGUGGUGGAUUGCCAUAUUGUUGUUAAUGUGGCCAUUAAUGUAUGCUGCAUUUGGAGAGUCACUGAAUGUAAUCGAUGUCCCAAGUGCACCUGAAAUGAAGGUAGCAUUCUAUGUGACAGCAGCUGUGGUUAAUUUACAGGUGUGCUUUUUAUCAAUUUGUAUGCUGGUGAUAGCAGUGCUGUUUCUGGCUGGUGGUUUUCUGGUUAUUAUUUAUUAUUAUGUUGUAGGUAAAAAGAAAAGUAAAGUAGACCACCAUGGCAAAGCAGAUGGCAUUGUAAAAGUAGAAAAUGGAAAUAUUGAUAAGCUACGAUAGUUCAAGUUUUGAUGGUCAUAUAAAAAGCAAUAUUUUAUGAGAAGUCAUGUUCACAAGUGCUGAGCAGAAAAAAUGAAAGAAUUAUGAACUGCAUUGAGGCUACUAAUGAUACCCAAAAGAAUGUUUGUGUGUAAUCUAUAUCAAGGACUAAUACUCAAGAUUAUUUUUGUUGUUAUUUGUCACAUACAUCUCACACUGUAUGCAUGUACCCAGCAUGUGUGUAUAGCAUAUAGAUAUAUGUACAUAUGAAUGUGCGCUGUGAAGGCCAGAACUACUAUUCGUGCUGUACUUAAUAAAUUGAAUCCUGCUGGGAUUACUUGUAAUCCUUUAAUGCAGAUUAAGUUUAAUAGGUAUGAUUCAUUAUUCCUUCAAUUUUCAAUGUAUUUAAAAAUAAUUUUGGUCUAUUAUUGAAAAUUAAAGUAAAAUAUUUUUUGAGAAACUAAGCAUGUUUUUACAUGUGACUACUGGAUAGCAUUUUGACUCUUUACUGAAGGGCCUUGAUUGCAUGACUCAUAUAGCUAUAAAUGAAGGAUGAAAGUGCUUUACUUUUUUUUUUCAUUUUUACACA